CGUGAUUUCUUCACCUGUGCCCAGCCUAUUUAUAUCUUUAGUUAAGUGGAGCCGCCGCGCACAUUUAGGUUUUAUCAUAAGUAUUCCUCUAGCAAACUUUUAGACCGGUAUUUAGGUAUAUUUAACAAAUAUCGGCUGUUGUUUUAUUUGUCUGUGCGGCGUUAAAGUGCGUCUUUCAUCUCCUACUGUGUGGACUUCGACCUCGUUGAGACACCUGUCAGAAACAAGGAAGUGUCCUACUACAGGCUGCUUGUUUAUGAAGCUGAAAAGGCUUGUUUUUUUUAUUCUUGCUGUAGAGAAACAGUAGUUUUAUUCUUGAUGCUGAACGUUUAAAGCAAUCUGGGUCGAUCACUGCUGUCUAAACGGAUAAAGCUGCUUUCCAAUCUGCCCCGGAAAAAAAGAUGAACGGCUUGGACAUGGAUUCAGCGUCCGAAAAUAACUCGAUCGUUCACCUGGAUGAACCAAUUCUUCCGGAGAACAUCACCAUCAUUCGGAACAGUAAUGGGUCCCUGGUCGAGGGUGAGAUGUUCCUGAACACAGUGACUGCUCAGGCCGUGUCUGGGAUCUUUGUCUGGUCCGCCUUGCUCAUAACAUGCCACCAGAUCUACACACACCUCAAGUCCUACACUGUCCCCAAUGAGCAGCGCUACAUCAUCCGCAUUUUGUUUAUAGUGCCAGUUUAUUCCUUUGACUCUUGGCUCAGUCUCCUUUUCAUCAGCAACGACCAGUACUAUGUGUAUUUCGAUUCUGUUCGAGAUUGUUAUGAAGCUUUUGUUAUUUACAAUUUCCUGAGUCUGUCCUUCGAGUAUCUUGGAGGAGAGAGCGCAAUCAUGUCUGAGAUUAGAGGGAAGCCUAUACAGUCAAGUUGUUUGUAUGGGACGUGUUGUCUGGUUGGAAUGAGCUACUCCAUCGGCUUUUUAAGAUUCUGCAAACAGGCGACUCUCCAGUUCUGUGUUGUUAAACCCAUCAUGGCAACCAUCACCAUCAUCCUGCAGGCCUUCGGCAAAUAUCACGACGGAGAUUUUAGUGUUAAUGGAGGCUACCUGUACAUCACCAUCAUCUACAAUUUCUCAGUAAGCCUGGCUCUCUAUGCGCUCUUCCUUUUCUUCUUCGCCACAAGUGACCUCCUCAGACCGUAUGAACCAGUGCUGAAAUUUCUCACGAUAAAAUCGGUCAUCUUUCUGUCAUUCUGGCAAGGAAUGGUUCUCGCUAUCCUGGAACGGUGUGGUGUCAUUCCCAAUGCACUUUUCAUCGAAGGACAUGAAGUGGGUGCUGGCACAGUCGCAGCCGGUUGGCAGAACUUCAUCAUUAGCAUCGAAAUGUUCUUUGCUGCCAUUGCACUCAAAUAUGCCUUUACCUGCACAGUCUACCAGGAGAAGAAAAACGAUAUACCAGAGUCUCUCCCCCCAAUGCAAAGCAUCUCCAGCGGCUUAAAGGAAACCAUAAAUCCAGGAGAUAUGGUGCAGGAUGCCAUCCACAACUUCUCCCCAGCCUAUCAGCAGUACACUCAGCAAUCCACACAGGAGGUCACACAGCCCAGCGCUAAUGGAAAAGUGGCCAUGGGCAACAAGAGCUCUCGCAAGUCUGACAAAAUCAUGCUGAUUACAUCAGAUGAUGAGUUCUAGGCAUUUUUCCUGCAAGAGACCCAGGUGCCGGUGCCCUUCCCACCCUUACCUCUAACCCCCUGGGGAAAAAAAGCUGCGUUGGAUCUCUCACAGAGCCGAGUUAAACACAGGCGGUUCAUUUUUACAAGCAAGUAUUUAAGGACGUCCUGCUUCUUUUCUGAAUGAUGAUUUAAUCAAAGGAUGUUUUUCAGGUUUUAAAAGUUUUAAAUUUCCUAGCUGAAUAAGCUGAGAACUGGUCGGUCUCCAUCUUGCUGUGACGAUCUCAAAAAUUACAUGUCAUCUUCACUUCAUCACAAGAGUCAGGAGACAGGCGCUCCCUUUAAAUCAAACCGCCAGAUUUUCAGCUGCGUCCCUGAUGCCGACUUCGUCUCUGCCAUCGCGCCACGGCAGCCUCUCUGGCUGUCUGAAGUGUGUUCCCUCUGAAUCAUGUCACUUUCAAAGAGCAGAUGAUUAAUAUGUGACUCCAGGUGGGAGGCAGGGAAGCAGGCAAUGGCUGAGAAUGGCACUUCAUGGACCGUUACUCACAUCUGCUUGUUUGAAGCGUUUGCCGAGUAUUCCUCAGCAUGGUUUCCUGACAAAUGAAAGGCUUUUGUUCAAAGACGCAUGAGUUUUAGACCAGGCAAUUCAAACUGCAAACUGCUCUUCUCUUUUCUUUGUAUCCACCAUAGCAGGGGCAAAUGAGCUGAACCUGUCUAUACAAAAUAGGAAGCUGGAUAUCCUCAUUUUUCUUAACAGCACAACUAGAUAGCCAUGUAACGGAUGUUGUUUUGUUCUUGUUUUUUUUUUUUUUUCCAGAAAUGGCCUCUCUUGUGUCUAUUUUGUAUAUAGUUUAAUGAUUUAAUUUCAUUGCUAAAUUUAUCCCAUCUUGUUAGGUAUAAGUUAUGACAUAUGUCCACUAGUUGAUUAGUUUUGGUUCUGCAGUUCAGUUUGAUCUGUUUUUGUGAUGAUGUGUAAUUCUAAAACUGUUGAAUCUAUUUAUUUGAAAAAGUUCUGGCCAUUUCAUAAGUUGAACAUGUAUUUAUAAAUUGCACCUUUAAUCUCUAUGUUUUCUUCAGGGACCUUUCUGUGUUUCUUAGUCAUUUUCUUUUCUUUUUUUAUCUUGUGCCAAUGACUUUCUUUUUUUUUUUUUUUUUGAGGCAGUGCAUUCAUUGUUAAUGCAAGUAUGUACAGGGUAGUUUGAAACUGGUGUUAAAUUCAGAUUAAAUUAUUUGUUUUGAAACUUUCC